AUGCGUUUCUGUUCUACUUUAUUGGCCGCUUCCACUUUAAUUUCUUCAGCCUUGGCUAUUGGUGACUUAGCAUUUAAUUUGGGUGUUAAAGAUAAUAAUGGUAAUUGUAAAACAACCGAUGACUAUGUCAGUGAUAUGCAGGUUUUGAAAAGUUAUACCAGUUCUGUCAAAGUUUAUGCUGCUUCUGACUGUAAUACUUUGCAAUAUUUGGGUCCAGCUGCUGAGCAAGAAGGGUUUACUAUCUUUUUAGGUAUUUGGCCAACUGAUGACACUCAUUUUGAAGCUGAACAAACAGCUUUAACCACUUAUCUACCAUCUAUUAGUAGUGGUACUAUCGAAGCUUUUAUGGUUGGUAGUGAAGCUUUGUACCGUCAAGAUCUAACUGCUGAUGAAUUAGCUAGCAAAAUUUCUACCAUCAAGAGUUUGAUUAGUACUAUUAAUGAUAAGAAUGGUGAUUCUUAUGGUAGCAAGAUGGUUGGUACUGUUGAUUCUUGGAACGUUCUAGUUGAUGGUGCUAAUGUUGAUGCUAUCAAGGCCAGUGAUUUUGUUAUGGCUAAUGCUUUUUCAUACUGGCAAGGUCAAACUAUGAGUAAUGCUUCCUAUUCAUUUUUUGAUGACAUUAUGCAAGCUUUGCAAACUAUUCAAGGUAUUAAAGGCAGUACCGAUAUUUCAUUUUGGGUUGGUGAAACUGGUUGGCCAACUGAAGGUACCAACUUUGAAAGUUCUUAUCCAACUGUUGCCAAUGCCAACCAAUUCUGGCAAGAAGGUAUCUGUGCUAUAAGAGCUUGGGGUGUUAAUGUCAUUGUUUUUGAAGCCUUUGAUGAAUCUUGGAAACCUGAUACUUCUGGUACUAGUGAUGUUGAAAAACAUUGGGGUGUUUGGGAUUCUAAUGAUAGUUUGAAACUUUCAAUUGGUUGUAGUUUCGACUAG